GUGACCCGAACAAACAAAGGAAUCAAGCUUAGGUAAGGCCGUGGUCUGUAAGUAUCCUGAUUCCUGAGAGCAGUUUAUACCGUACAAAUCAUAAUCUCUAUUUAUUGGUAUUUGUGUUGAUAAAGAAACCUAUUGUAAUCCAAUGGCAGGUUAGUAGACAGUAGCCUGAAUUGUGUCUAUGAGAGCUUACAUUAAUACUGCAGUUAUUCUACUUGAAUGAAAUGGUUAGAUUAAGGAAAACGGGCAAAUAAGAAAAACAAAGUAAGUAACCAAUAUUGUUGGACUAUUUUCCUUUUUCAGAUAAGCCAAUCAGAAGGAGCCAUGUCGCGCAAGUCAAUGUUGCAUCAGAAUCACAGCAAUGGUCUAGCUGGUCCAGAAGGGGCACUAGGCCUGCUCCUAGAGCGUGCUCUGGGGAUCAGGGAGGAGGUGGUGGCCAGCCUCCAGUCCACCCAGGGCUCCAUCCAGGUGGAGGCCCUGUCCCGCAGGCUGCUGGAGAACCACAUCCACACCAUCACACACAUCGUCCAGCAGCUCAGCACCAACAUGCAGGCCUUGGAGAGCCAGAUCGCCCAGAGAGACUCGCUGGCUGUUCAGAGCCUGGACCAGAAGAGCAGGGAGGGGAUCGGAGACCUGAGAGGCAGAGUGGCUCGCUGUGAUGCCAGCAUAGCACGAGUGAGUGCUGAUGUAAACUCUGGGGGACAGCAGGUGAGGAGGCUCCAACAGGAGGUGACGGAGCUCAGGGCUAUCCUGGAUGUCCGACUGAAAAUGAUGGAGACCAAGCUCUGUCAGGCAAUAGAUAAAGUGGGCCGCUCUGUGACUGAGAAUCUGAAACAGCAGAAGACCUCCAUGUCUGACCUGCACGGCCAAGUCCAGCUACUGGAGAACAGGCACUCGGCAGAGCUUAAGGAAGCCAAGGGGAACGUGGCCAGGCUGAGGAGGUGGUCAGAGGAGCAGCUUCAGGCGAUGGUCCGGACCCACACACAGGAACACCUGAAGCUACAGGCCCUGCUGGAGGACCAACUGCUAGACGCAGAGUCCAGGUCUAAGGAGCACAUGCGUGUUCUGGAGGCCAGGCUGGAUAGCUUGGAGGUCCAACAGGGACGGAUCCUCCACCAAAGACAGAGAGACCAGCAGAAGAACCCAGAAUCUAAACUGAUCCUCCAGCGAAGGAUGAAAUCGCUUGAGGGCAGCCUACAGGAGGAGCUGCAGCAGCUCAAACUGGAGACCCACAAGGGGUUCAAGUAUGUCCACGACGCCAUUGAGUUUCUGAAGCAGAUUGGGGACUCCAAGUCCCGCCACAGCAGAGAAUCAACUAAUCCCGUCAUGAGACGGCCACAGGAAGGGGAAUAGGGGAGCGAACUCAAUUUAAAAUGUAAUUCACCCGGCAGAGAACAAUACUUUUGGGCCUGUAAAAUAAAGUGUAUAAUAUAAUAAUUGUA